GUGAAUAAUGAUAAAAAUAAAAGGGAGAGCGACAUGAGAGGGCAGCCAAGGAGAAACAAAAGGAGAGGGGUUGACUUUCAUCACGUGGGAGAUGUGGACAACCGUCAUCUCUUUCUCCUCCAUAAUAAAGUUGUUAGAAAAUGAUGUGCGAAGAGCAGCAGCAGCAGCAGCAGCAAGUGAUGAUGAGAAUGGUGGAAUUGGACAACAACAAUAAGAAGGGAGAUGAGAGAAGUAGCGGGAGAAGGUUUAUAGAAGCUGAAGAGAGGUUGAAUAUAGUGGAUUUGAGUGGGAUGUCUUUGGAUUCUCUUCCCAAACCUUCCCUAAAUUUGACUACCAUUUGUAAAUUAAACCUCUCCAAUAAUAAUCUUCAGAGCAUACCAGAAUCGUUGACGGCAAGGUUACUGAAUGUGGUGGCGUUGGAUGUGCACUCAAAUCAGCUCAAGUUUCUCCCAAACUCCAUCGGCUGUCUCUCUAAGCUCAAGACACUCAACGUCUCCGGCAACCUUCUCCAGUCUCUCCCUAAAACCAUUGAAAAUUGCAGGUCAUUAGAAGAACUGAAUGCCAACUUCAACAAGCUCACAAAGCUGCCAGAAACUAUUGGAUUCGAGCUGAUAAACCUGAAGAAGCUCGCAGUGAACUCAAACAAGUUGAUAUUCCUCCCUCGAUCCAUCACUCACCUUACUUCCCUACGAGUCCUCGACGCCCGCCUCAAUUGCCUCCGAGCCCUCCCUGAGGACUUGGAGAACUUAAUCAACUUACAAAUCCUCAACGUUAGCCAAAACUUCCAGUACCUCCAAAACCUACCCUACUCCAUCGGCCUCCUCAUUUCUCUCUUGGAACUGGACGUCAGCUACAACAAGAUAACCACCUUACCCGAUUCCAUGGGCUGCAUGAUGAAGCUCCAGAAGCUUAGCGUGGAAGGGAACCCUAUGGUUUCACCACCGGCGGAGGUGUUCGAGCAAGGGUUACAUGCGGUGAAGGGGUAUUUGAGUGAGAAAAUGAAUGGGGGGCAUAAAAGCCCCCCGAAGAAGAAAUCGUGGGUGGGGAAGUUGGUAAAAUAUGGGACCUUCAGUGGGUACACUUUGAGAGGGACAUCAAACGGGGAGAGAGAAGGGUUCUUCAUUUCGGAAUAUAGAUCCAUUGAUGGUCUUGCUUCACCUCGGCACAUAGGGAUGUUCUCUCCCCGCCGACUCUUCUCUCCUGGUAGGUACUUUACCCGAUGAAAGGUAACUCCGCAUUGCAUGGAUGCUGAAAUCGACUUUGUGUGGUGGACUCUGGAUUUUAGAUUGCAGAAAGUUAUGGUGCGUCUGUUGUCAUUUGCCAUUGAUGUUAUUAUAAUUAGUGUUGUAGUGAAUUUUUUUUAUUGUAAAACAUGAUACUAUAACAAUCGUAAAUGUUUUUAAUGUAAUUUGUGAUUAUCUUUUAUGAGAAGAAAAAAGGGUGCAUUUUCAGUUGUUUAA